GCAAGGAGAAAGAUCCGAGGAGCUGGAGGAGCCGUGAGGCGCGUGGAGUCUGCAAGGUCCCGGAGCCCUCCCGGCCCUCGCGGGAGAGCAGGGUCGAGGCGCGCCACGCGGGCGGCGCCAGGGAGGGGCUGGCAGGCGUGGCUCAGCCAGUGCCCCGGCCAGAGGCGCCCGGCGCCCCGCGCACACCUCAGAGGCCUGCGCCGCCGUCCCGCCGCCUCCACGCCAGGCUCCCGGCGCGGCGAUGGGCGCGGGCCCCUGUCUCUGCCCCGGCCCGCCCCUUCCCGCCCCUUCCAGCCCCGCGAACGCGCGAGACGCCGGGGGACCGUGGGCGUCCUGCACAUAGCAGCGGGCUUGGCGCUUCUCGGCGGUCCGACGCUGAUGAGGUGAGCACAGCGACCUUAAGGAUCCACAAAACUUCAAACACUUAAUUAUUAAGUGAAAGUGGAAAGGGGGAGGUGCUUUCUCUCCUUUCCAGAAUCUGGGCAGUUUGUUUGGAACCGGCAAAGAAACUCUCAUAGGAACUUGAGGAACCAGAGUGAGGGUACUCGAACAGUGACUGCCAUCUGGUGGUUAACCAGAAUCAUCACCUUGUGUAGCCUGAUGGUUACUAAGAUGUCCACUCUUGACUCACAUGGCAUGCACUCGCAGCAGGGGACCAGUUGAAGGAUGUCUGAUUUUGGAGGGUGACCAGUUGAAGGAUGUCUGAUGAAGGAGCCUAGCGAAAUAACCCUUUGCUUCUACCUGAAUGGGUUGUUCACUCUGGAUUCUGAGCCUGCAGCCAGCUCCAAAAUGGGGCCUCUGAAGAAAAGAUUUGAGUUGCUCUUGUGUCUUAGUCAAAGAUCUACAUCCCUACCAGUGGGUAACCAAGACUGUGAAUAAGCACACACCAACAGGGGCAUGUGGUGACAUGGAGCCUGAAAUAAACUGCUCUGAAUUGUGUGACAGCUUUCCUGGCCAGGAGCUGGAUCGGAGACCCCUUCAUGAUCUCUGCAAGACAACAAUUACAUCUUCCCACCACAGCAGUAAGACCAUCUCUUCAUUAUCUCCUGUCCUCUUGGGUAUUGUUUGGACUUUUCUCAGCUGUGGACUUCUGCUGAUACUUUUCUUUCUUGCCUUUACAAUUCGCUGCAGGAAGAACAGGAUUGUGAAGAUGUCCAGUCCCAAUCUGAACAUUGUGACCUUACUGGGCAGUUGUCUCACUUACAGUAGCGCUUACCUCUUUGGGAUUCAGGAUGUUUUAGUGGGGAGCUCAAUGGAAACUCUCAUUCAGACAAGACUGUCCAUGCUGUGCAUUGGGACCUCCCUUGUGUUUGGCCCCAUUCUGGGAAAGAGCUGGCGACUCUACAAGGUGUUUACCCAAAGGGUCCCGGACAAGAGAGUGAUUAUCAAAGACCUGCAGUUGCUGGGGUUGGUGGCAGCCCUGUUGAUGGCUGAUGUGAUCCUGCUCAUGACAUGGGUGCUGACUGAUCCCAUCCAGUGCCUCCAGAUUCUCAGUGUCAGUAUGACGGUGACAGGGAAAGAUGUGUCCUGCACUUCGACCAGCACCCACUUCUGUGCUUCCCGGUAUUCCGAUGUUUGGAUUGCUCUCGUUUGGGGAUGCAAGGGCCUGCUCCUGCUGUAUGGUGCCUACCUGGCUGGCCUGACUGGCCAUGUCAGCUCCCCUCCUGUGAAUCAGUCCUUAACCAUCAUGGUGGGGGUCAACCUCCUUGUACUGGCUGCUGGGCUGCUUUUUGUAGUCACCAGAUACUUGCAUUCCUGGCCCAACCUGGUCUUUGGACUCACAUCUGGAGGGAUCUUUGUUUGUACAACUACAAUCAACUGCUUCAUCUUCAUUCCCCAGCUGAAGCAAUGGAAGGCAUUUGAAGAGGAAAACCAAACAAUCAGACGCAUGGCCAAAUAUUUCAGCACUCCCAGCAAAAGCUUCCAUACCCAGUAUGGUGAGGAGGAGAACUGCCACCCGAGGGGAGAGAAAAGCUCCAUGGAGAGGCUCCUCACAGAAAAAAAUGCUGUGAUUGAAAGCCUGCAGGAACAAGUAAACAACGCCAAAGAGAAGAUUGUGAGGCUGAUGUCAGCUGAGUGCACCUAUGACCUCCCAGAGGGGGCUGCCCCACCUGCCUCUUCCCUGAGCAAGGACGUCCAGGCGGUAGCCUCGGUCCACACCCUGGCCGCUGCUCAGGGGCCUUCGGGUCACCUCUCUGACUUUCAGAAUGAUCCUGGCAUGGCUGCCCGGGAUUCCCAGUGCACUUCAGGGCCCUCCUCAUAUGCACAAAGCCUUGAGGGGCCUGGGAAGGACUCCAGCUUCUCCCCAGGGAAGGAGGAGAAGAUAUCUGACUCAAAAGACUUUUCUGAUCAUUUAGACUCAGGUUGUAGCCAGAAGCCAUGGACUGAGCAAAGCCUGGGUGCAGAAAGAGGAGACCAAGUCCCCAUGGAUCCCAGCCAGAGUCUUCUACCAGAUAGAGGAGGCUCAGAUCCCCAGAGACAGAGGCAUCUGGAGAACUCAGAGGAGCCCCCAGAGCGGCGGUCACAGGUUAGUUCAGUAAUCAGGGAGAAACUUCAGGAGGUCUUACAAGAUCUGGGCCUGGGCCCUGAGGCUUCCCUCUCCACCGCCCCCUCUUGUCAUCAGCAAACCUGGAAGAACAGUGCUGCCUUCAGCCCCCAAAAGAUGCCCCUCUCCAAGGAGCUGGGCUUUAGCCCUUACAUGGUGAGAAGGAGGGCAGCUCAGCGGGCCCGCUCACACUUUCCUGGCUCUGCAUCCUCAUCUGUGGGGCAUCGGGCAAACAGGACUGUUCCUGGGGCACACAGCAGGCUACAUGUGCAGAAUGGGGACAGCCCCAGCCUGGCCCCACAAACUACUGAUUCCAGAGUACGAAGCCCUUCUUCCAGGAAGCCUUCACUACCUUCAGAUCCUCAAGACAGACCAGGUACCCUGGAGGGCAGCAAACAAAGCCAGACAGAGCCCGAGGGGGCUAGAGGGAGCAAAGCAGCCUUUCUUCCCCAGCCUUCUGGUUCUGGCCGGGCCCCAAGUCCUGCUGCCCCAUGCCUCUCCAAAGCCUCACCUGACUUGCCUGAACAGUGGCAGCUGUGGCCCCCAGUGCCCUCAGGCUGUCCCUCCCUGUCUUCUGAACACAGCUAUUUUGAUACUGAGUCCAGCAGCUCAGAUGAGUUCUUCUGCCGCUGCCACCGGCCCUACUGUGAAAUCUGCUUCCAGAGCUCUUCUGACUCUAGUGACAGUGGCACAUCAGACACUGACCCUGAGCCUACUGGGGGGCUGGCUUCCUGGGAAAAGCUGUGGGCCUGCUCCAAGCCUAUUGUGAACUUCAAAGAUGACUUGAAACCCACGCUGGUGUGAAAAGCAACAGAGCUGGUCUAGACACAGAGGUCAGUCCAAGAGAAGCUGUACCAAGGCCCACAGGAGAAGAGCCAAUUUCUGGUCUUUGGGGAAUGGAUUAGUGCCCUGCAUUUGACCAGCCCAUACCAUGUUUCAGCUAGGCUCACUGUGUUACUUUGAGCACUUCUUGAUCUAUAAAAAGAGGGGCAUUGCCUGUCCUGUUACUACCUCGCAGCCUUACUAUAAAAGACUCCAGUUGAGUGACUAUGAAAGACACUGACUCCUUGGAUAAAAGGUUGAAUGAACACAUAGGAUUUUCUGUCCAGGUCAGCCUACAUUCUGUAAAACUCUUAAUAUAUUCAGAUGGAUGGCUGAAUGGACAGACAGAUGGAGAGAUGCAUGGGAAAUUUCUGUAGAACUUGAGGUGUGGAUUGUGACCCAUCAAACUGGCCUUUUGGUGGACAGACCUACCAGGAAGAUAAGUCUCCUACAUCCUUGGGCCUCCCACUCCUGGAAGGCAGUGGUUUUAUUUCUUCUGAAUGUUGUGAACAGCACCUCCCUAGAUUCCAGCUUCUGGCCAGACCCAGCUCAGAGCCACCCCUACACCACUAUUUCUUGUUUGUAUCUUUCCACCAUUAUGGCACUUUACCCUCCUCUCUGAGACAGAUCUCCAUGUGCCCACAGGCUUCCCAGAUCUCUCCCCUGGGAUCAGAUGUACCUGAGGUCCUGACUAUCCCCACUGUCCCCUUGUCCUGUGGCUCAUCCUCUUGAUUCACCCAGUGAUGCAGUUUUGUACUGCGGGGAGGCACACACCAGCAAUUUCUGUUGGGGUAUGGGAGAACCUGUUGGUCAAGAGUGCUUUUGGUUCCAUUGGGGUUACAUGACUACCAACAGACACAUAAACCUGGAAGCCAAAUGGAGAAAUAAAAAGGAAGACAUGAGGGACACGAAGACAGGAAAGAAAACAGGAUUUGAAUAUUUCACUUGAGUCCAGCAUAGUACUUGGCAAUAUCAUAUUUUUGUGAUUCCUUUUGAUAACCCUGUGAAGUAGACACUUUCAUUUUUACGGACAGGGAUUAUGAGGCUUAGAGAAAUGAGGUAGUUUCCCCCAACAUCACACUGCUGGACAGAGAUGUACGCACAGCUCCUGGGACUCAAGUAGGUGGGUUUUCCCGGGGAAACAUGGCUUCAUGUGUUCUUCUGGGAAUGGCAGGUGACGCUUGGCAGACGAGACAACAAAGCAAGGCUCAUGUAAGAAAGCUGGGAUGUGCUCCCCUAUAGUCCAGAAUAAUAGACCUGGUUCCUCACCUCGGGAAACGGGCCUCCACUUCCUCACUGCCAAAGGCCACACUGGCACCUCCCAAGGGAGCUGGGGAGCUGGUGAAGGAUGAGUGCGAGGAACUCAGCCACCACCAGAGCCACAGGGAGAGCACACCUGGGUCCACUGUGCUUAUUGCUGAGCUGGCUGUCAUGUCCAGGCUGUCCCCUGCCCCGAGUCCUGUGUAUACAUCUGUGGGUGUGCACAUGUUUGCAUGAAGGAGUUCAGGCCUUAUUAAAUAUGCUCAGAGGGGGGCAUCUGGCUCUAAAUGUAUCAUCAAUUUAUCAUGGAAUCUUGGGGGCUGCUGACACCCCUGGACUCUCCAGGCACUGAACCAUGAGGCCCUCUUGGAAGCACAGCUUCUUCUAUCAUCUACUUUUAAAUAGGAAUUUCCUAAUUUAUUCUGUGCAUGGGUUUGCAGUUUCUUCUUGUGCUGUGUGUGUGCUGUCCAAGUGGUACCAUAAUAAAAGAAAUGACUCCCAAGAGGAGUCUUUUCAGAAAUUGUAAUCUGGGGCUGGCCAGGAGGGGCCCGGAGAAGGCUGACCCACCCAAAGAAGGGGAACCAGAGAAGCCAUCAGAGCUGCUGCCGGGCUACCCUGGGUCCCAGGGUACCUUCUACCAAAGUUCCAUUUGAAUAGAUUCUUCUGUGUUCUCCCUAAGAAGUCUCUUAUCCCAGAAACACUCCCUCAAUGGACAUAGGAAACCCUGAAGACCCUGGACUCUUCCUGCCCCUGGGGGUCCUGUGGCUGGGCUCCCCCUCCUGCAGCUCCCUUCCUCCCAGCAUGCCACCACUAGCAGCCCACCAUUCAUUCAUGUGGACUCUAAAUCUGGCAAUCCUUCUAGCCUUCUCACUCUGUCUGCUUCUAGAACCUUAGUCCCAGCAUCCCCGCCCUUCUACAUCUCCAUCCUUCUGUUUAGAAUUUUUUUUCCCACUUUGUGCCCUUGUGAAUUAUUCAUCCUUCAAGGCUCAGGUGGAGCAUACAUUCUUUCUUCAACCUUUUCCAGCCAUCCCCAAAGAAAGUUGAUUGAUUCCCUAAUUAAAUAAGGAAGGAUGGGCUGGACGCAGUGGCUCACGUCUGUAAUCCCAGCACUUUGGGAGGCCGAGGCGGCCGGAUGACGAGGUCAGGAUUUCAAGACCAGCCUGGCCAACAUGGUGAAACCCCGUCUCUACUAAAAAUACAAAAAUUAGCCGGGCGUGGUGGCACAUGCCUGUAAUCCCAGCUACUCAGGAGCCUGAGGCAGGAAAAUUGCUUGAACCGGGAGACAGAGGUUGUACUAAGCCUAGAUGGUGCCACUGUACUCAAGCCUGGGUGACAGAGCAAGACUCCGUUUCGAGAAGAAAGAAAGAAAGAAGAAAGAGAGAGAGAAAAAAAGAAAGAAGGAAGGCUGUCUUAGGGUCUGUAUUUUGGACUCAACUAUAUAGAGGCUUCUGUUAUCCAUUUGACCUAGAAUGACUUUGUAACGCUUGCCAGACCUGAUUGAAAUUUAUCAUUUUCUUCAAAAGCAAUGUGCAAACACCAUAACUGUGCUCAACAAAAUGUUGCCACCAAAUGUAUCAUUUACUCUGUGCAUCACCCCUACCCUUCCCCACCUGCUUUCCUAAAUCUUUUACCUAAGAUCAGCUAAUCCAGUGAUGAAAUCCUUAAAGGGCUGAAUGUGCCAUGACUUUUGGCAUGCUCUUGGUUGUUCUGCUCUUGAAGAAAGGGCAGUAAAUUGUGCAAAGGAAUCCUGGAGAAGUAAACAUUGCCUCUGCUGCUGUCAUCUGAGCUAUACAUGUCUCUGUUGGUCCUAAGGCAUAGCAUGGAGCCAGGCCUGAUUCUAACCCCAGCAUAUGUCCUCUGCUGUUGAAAAUCUUGGAAUUUCUACAUUUCUACAUUUCUCCACUUUUCCCGUUAAGACUGUGAGGUCUUUGAGCUUAGAACUUGUUAUAAUUAUCUUGGAAUCCAGUACCUAGCACUGUGCCUGGCACAUGGUCAAUGCCCAGCAAAUGCUUGUCAAAAGAAAAAUCAAUCAAGGGAGGAAGAAUGACCUCACCAGAACUGUCUUAAGGGGCACCCCAGGGAAGCACAGCUCACAAAAGUUCAAGUGGGAAGCCAGGCUUAGGUAUCUCUUCAACUUAUGUGAUGGAUGGCAGUGUUGCUGCUUCACCUAAAUUUAAAUCCCCCGUGAUAAUAUCUUGAACCCUUUGUGGAAAGAAGGCAUUUUAGAUGGGCUCUCUUCAUUAAUUUUUGUACAAUAAUUUUCUAUCCCCACUGCAAUGCCUGGGCUUUAAGUCACCUGCAUGACCAUGUUGCUUUCAGCAAGUUCAGAACCUCUUUAUGGCUCAAAGGCUCCCAACUGCCACCUGGGGUAACAACACCUACCUCAUGAGGUUAUGAGGGCUAAAUGAAUUAAUAUUUGUAAAAUGGUUUGAACUGUGCCUGGCACGCAGCA